CAGGCUGUGACUUGUUCAGAAAGAAUUAACAUCAUAAGACGCUGUUGACAUUUGGAUGGGCUGUGGGCCUUCAUCCAAGGUGGAGCACGCAUGAAAUGAUUAGAUCGGCUUUAGUUGGCCCAAGAAUAAGAACAGCACUGAAACUGCUCAGCCCUUGUUGGACCAAUGGCUUCCAAGCUUGUGCUGCUUCCUACCCUCCUCCUGGCAUUGGCCUUUGUGACUUUGUGCGCUCAGUCCUUCGUGUUUGGUGGCCGACCCGUGUCCACCAGCUCUCUGCGAAGCACCGCACGAGCAGCAGUGCCAGAAGCGCUUGAGCUGCAGACUUCGAUGACCACUGCUUUGGAGGUGUCCACUCCGGGCUGGUGGGCCAACAUCGUGACAGUGGUCGUGCCCUGCGCCAUCCUCAUUAUCCUGUACCUGCAGUCCGAGAAGCGCAAGUAUGAGGAGAAGAUGGGCAUCAAGAAGUGAGUGGCCAUUUUUAGCCGAUGUUUUUGGUAGUAAUGAAGGCAGGUGUGCGCUGGAACCAACAUCCAGGCAUGCUCGUGCUAAAAGACUCUGUUUGAUCGGGCUCCUUGUCUCGCUCGGGAAAAG